ACAAUGAAAGCCCUUAAAUUCAAUUCAUACAUCAGAGAACGGGAUGGGGUCACAUGCAUAAACAAAUAUUGUUUAGUUGUACAAAAUAUGAAGAGUGAUGCUGUUUGAGUAUUAUUGUUUUUGUUUUCUCUGUAAAAUAGCCACAGUCUACACACAUACACAUGUUUGAACCUAACCCACGUAGCAGUAUACGUUCAUUACCAAUCAGAAAAUGUAGUUUUGUUUUCAGCCAUUGGAUUUCAUCCAAGGUAUAUAAUGAAAAACAGAACAUGUUCCCAUAUUAAUGGGCGAGAUAAGACAUUAUAAAAUCAAUUCAGAAGUAACAAAAAGAUAGGAAAAAGAAGAAGAAGAAACGUAGUCGUACAUCAUCAUCAUCAUCAAGAAGCUAAAAUGAAAAGAACAGAGUUGUUGUUCAUCCCAUCUCCUGGAAUAGGUCACCUAGUCUCCAUGCUUGAAUUUGCCAAGCGCUUGAUACAAUAUGAUGAUCGACUUUUCAUCACAAUUCUCAGCAUGAAAUUUCCCAACCAUGACGCAUAUAUUAAUUCCCUAGUGCCCUCACUAUCACAAUCCCGAGUCAAACUCGCUCAUCUCCCUCAAGUUGACCCACCUCCACCCGAGCUACUCAACUCACCAGAAAGUUAUAUCUACGUGUACGUGGAGAGUCUUGUUCCUCAUGUCAGAGAUGCACUUAAACAUAUUGUGCCAUCUCACUCCAAUUCAGAGACCACUCACUCUCAAGGUUGUUUUGUAAUGGUUCUUGAUUUCUUUUGUAUGCCUAUGAUGGAUGUGGCCAACGAGCUAGGCCUCCCUUCUUAUAUGUUCAUGCCUUCCAACAUUGGAUUUCUUAGUUCAAUGCUUUACCUUGCAACUCGUCAUGACCAGAUCAGCUCCGAGUUGAAAGAAUCAAAUCCUAAUGAGUAUAGCUUAAAGGGUUUUCAUAAUCCUGUUCCUUGGAGUGCCCUUCCUCAAGCUUAUUUUUGCAAAGAUGGUGGCUACUCUGCUUGUGUUAAAAUGGCUCAAAGGUUCAGAGAGACAAAAGGAAUUAUAGUGAAUUCUUUUGAGGGACUGGAGGCUCAUGGUGCUACCUCCUUUAAUGAUGGGGAAACACCUCCAAUUUACAUGGUUGGACCGGUGGUUAACUUCAAGGGACAACCUCACUCAAGUACAGAUCAUGUUCAGAACAAUAGAAUCUUCAAAUGGCUUGAUGAGCAGCCUCAGUCAUCUGUAGUGUUUCUCUGCUUUGGGAGUGUUGGUACUUUUGAUGCUUCACAGUUGAGAGAGAUUGCAUCUGGAUUGGAAUGCAGUGGCCAUAGAUUCUUGUGGUCUAUACGAGUUCAACAGCCGACAAUAAUAGACGAAAUCUUGCCAGAAGGAUUCUUGGAGAGGAUUGGAAGUAAAGGAAUGAUAUGCAAUGAGUGGGCGCCUCAGGUCGAAGUCUUGGCUCACAAUGCUGUGGGUGGCUUUGUGUCCCAUUGUGGCUGGAAUUCUAUAUUGGAGAGUUUAUGGUAUGGGGUUCCCAUUGUAACAUGGCCAGUUUAUGCAGAGCAACAACUUAAUGCAUUUCAGAUGGUGAGGGAGUUCGACUUAGCUAUUGAGCUGAGAUUGGAUUACAGGAAUCGUGGACAUAAUCAACUUGUGACAGCGGAGGAGAUUGGAAAUGCAAUAAAAAAGCUUAUGGAGGGUGAUCAUAAUGUGGUGAUGAGAAAAAAGGUGAAAGAGAUGAGUGAUAUUGCCAGGAAAUCUGUUGAGAAAGAUCUCAUUCUUCCUUCUUCGUCGUCUUCUUCUUCCUGAUCUAAAAUCUUCCUAAGUGAGGGCUCUCUUCAUGGCAGUGAUCACUAACGGGAAGGAAGAGAAUCGCAGGGGCGAGUGGGAUCAGCUCGAUGGUUCUUAGUCGUUUCUAUACGUGCAAGGAAAACGUUGUUCUUCGACAGGAUCCACGGUGGUUCGCCAUUAAAGCCGGUGGAGAAGAAAAAUGACAGAGAGAAAGGGUCGACUGACCUGGAAAUGUCUCUGCAACUGCAAGAGAGAGAAGCAAGCUUUUGCGCACAUCUCUGGCUCGAGAUCUCUGAUUUGCCACUCUAUUUAUUUAUUUAUUUUCAUUCUUAUUUAUCAGUGAAAUUAGAGUUUUUUUUAUUUUUUUUCAUACUUUUGAUGUCAAAAUUUGGAUCACCGUUAGUUAGAGUGUUGAAUAAAAUUAAAAGAACCUUGUACCUGUGACAUAUGUAUGUAGCCAUGUGGAGGUGUUUUCCUCUUCAUUAAUGCUCGACCCCAAAAAAAAACAGAAAUUAUGUUGUAUAUCAGUUUAA